CGUUGUUUUGUUGUUGUACGUGUGUGACACUGGGAAGAAGAGGCUAUUUUCUAGAAAGCAAACACAAGAUGGAGGUGGAGCAGCUCCUGUCUCUGUCAGGCUCAGCUCUGGCCCAGGCUGUCAGCUCUCUGCUGGAAACCCCCGGCCUCUACGUCUUCUCCGACAUCCUGGAACUGCCUAAUGUCAGAGAGUUGGAGAACAGCCCACAUGCACCAGUAUACCAGCUCCUCAGCCUCUUUGCCUACGGAACCUACUGCGACUACAAAGAAAGAGCUGCCUCUCUUCCCGAGUUGACCCCAGCGCAAAGGAACAAACUCCGCCAUCUGUCCAUUAUCAGCUUGGCAUCAAACCUCAAGUGCCUGCCAUACUCAUUGCUGCUCCAGCAGCUUGAGCUGAAGAAUGUGCGGGAGCUGGAGGAUCUCCUGAUCGAGGCCGUCUACUGCGACAUCAUCCAGGGUAAACUGGACCAGAGGAACCAGCAGGUGGAGGUGGACUGCAGCGUGGGUCGUGACCUCGGCCCCAAUGAGCUUCCUACCAUAAUCAACACGCUCCAGGAGUGGUGUGCCGGGUGCGAGGCAGUGCUGUGUGGAAUUGAGGAGCAGGUCUCAAGAGCAAACCAAUACAGAGAGAGCCAACUGAAGGUCAAAGUACAGGUGGAAACAGAGGUUUCAAACCUACAGAAAACAUUAAAGGCCAGUGCAGCCUCGCCGUCAUCAGGCCCCGCCCCUGCAGGAGCCACCUCCAAUCAGGACGCAGACCAGCUGGCUGAGCCACGGGACCCUGCCUCCUCUCAGGAGCCACGACAACCGGGGAAAAAAAGCUCCAAGGUAAAAGGGCUGCGUGGCAGUGGGAAGAUCUGGUCAAAGUCCAACUGAACAGUGAGAGUGGAAAGCAGCACUGAUGGGCACUUACACAUGGACACGCUGACGAGGAAACGGCUGUGUUUUAAUAAUAAUAAUAAAAAAAAAAAAGACAUUGUGACCGAUGUUCACGGGCACAUAGGAAAAGAGCUUCAUGGGAACUUUCUCAGACUGAGGCAGCAGCACCUGGCCCAUGGAAUCAACUCGUCUGACAUUGAUUCAUUCACACACACACCAAUUUAAAGUAACACUGGGUGAAAAAGUACAGCAGGAGUGAUAUGGUUGGUGUAUUUGAUGCAUAUUUGUGUAUGUACAGUGUUUUUGUUUAAAAUUUGUUCUUUUGGCUUUAGAAUCAUACUGUGUUUCCUUGUGUUGUUUUUCUUAGGAGUUGAGACGUAUAAAAUCGGGUUAUUUGUCGGGAAAUAAAAUGACAUUCUGUUCUGAUCC